CACUGAGUCUGAUCUGAGAUCAGCGGGAAACUCCGUCGGUCUGAUGCUGUAAACAAACACUGAGGCUCUGUUUACUCGGGCGAUAUCUAUGAAAUCUAAAGUAUGGAAAUAAGGCUCCCGAUUUCCACUCACAGUUAUGUUUCAUUGUGUGUGUCUGUGGUGUUUAUUAUCGCGGGCGUGUCGGCGAUAGACGUGUUCACCCCAGCCGAGGUGUUCGUGGAGAACGGGACCACAGCGACUCUGAGCUGUAGCUUUAAGUCUAAAGAGGUGGUCGGGAGUGCGGCUUCGGUGACGUGGUACUUCCUCGCGGAGGGGGACACGGGACAGCCCACUUCAAUCUUCUAUCACGCUGGGGGGAGGCCGUUUCCGGGCUCGCUCCCGCAGUUUAAGUCCCGUGUGGAAUGGGCCGGAGACAUGAACAAGAAGGACGCGUCGAUCCGCGUGAUCCAGAUGCAGUUCAAGGACAACGGGACCUUCAGCUGCGACGUGAAGAACCCACCGGACAUCACCGGACAGAUGUCCGUCACUAAAGUCAGAGUCGUCAUGAGAGAGGCUCUUCCUCACACCAGCGCUGCAGUGAUCGUGGGUGGUGUGAUCGGGGCCGUGAUCGGCAUCAUCAUCAUCUCUGUGGUCACGUACCUCAUCAUCCGCCGGCAGGAGCCCACUCACGACUACGAAGGCUGCACCUCGUUAGAGAGUGUGAGCUCACAGAACACUCGGGUGGGGAAGAAGGCGGAGUCGAGUAACGACAACUCACGCUGCUCCAGCCCCUCCGCACCCGUACAGGGGCCGGUGAUCUACGCUCAGCUCGAUCACUCCGGCAGCAAGAACGCCUCGAUCCACAAGAUGGAGCCGGUGGUGUACGCCGACAUCAGGAAGAACUAGAGCUGGACUGAUGAUCCCUGACGAGACUCGCUCUUCUGUGUGUGUGUGUGUGUGUGUGUGUGUGAGAGAGAGUCUGUGUCUGUGUGUGUGUGUGUGUGUGUGUGUGUGAGAGAGUGUGUCUGUGUCUGUGUCUGUGUGUGUGUCUGUGUGUGUGACGGGUAGGUUUAGGGAUCGGGUUUGUGUAGUGGAAUAGAAAAUACAGUUUGGACAGUAUAAAAACCAUUACGCCAAUGGAGGUCCUCACAAGUAUAGUUAAAC